GCUAGCCAGCCCUCAAAUUCUUUUACUCCAACAAUUCUAAACCGCUCUCAAUCAAUUUCUCAUCUGUUUUCUUCAUUUAUACGUUAUGCAAAUCUCUCGAGAAGACUCCGAUUCUCAUCAGAUGGCAUUGGCGGCCAAGUGCAAUCCCACCAAACGCCGAAGCGGCACUUCGUCGCCGGAAAACUCGAGCUGCUCCACCGGCGGCGGCGAUUGCCAUUCAUCCGCGGCGGCAUCGGUUCCCAACGACGAAGAUGAAGCCCUCGCGAAUUGUUUAAUUCUCCUGGCAGGCGGCGGCGGCGGCCAAACCGGUCCGUUUGCUUACCGGUGCAAGACCUGCGACCGCAAUUUCCCGUCGUUCCAGGCGCUGGGCGGGCACAGGGCGAGCCACAAGAAGCCGAGGACCGGAUUCGCCGCGGCGGACGAAAAAGAAGGUCCACGGAGUCGUACCGCGGGGAUCGCCGCACCGAAAAACAGCAGCAAGACCCACGAGUGUGCGGUUUGCGGGUCGGAGUUCGGGUCGGGUCAAGCUCUGGGAGGUCACAUGAGAAGGCACAGGCCCGUCCACCACUCCCCUGCGAGGCCCCCCACGGGAAGUUACGGUGCGACCCACGGCUCCGGAUCACCAUCGGACGGCAGAGAGAUGAUUCUGGCGCUGGAUCUCAAUCUGCCCCCUCCAAUGGAAGAAGAAGAAGGAGAAGGAGAAGGAGACGAUCUCAAGAUGCAAAAUCUCAAGAUGAUUCUGGUGGGCUGCCAUUACUGAAAGUCUGAAACCGAUACGGAGUAGUAUUUGUUUUU